UAUCCUUCACAUUCCUACUCGAACUGGGCGAUGGUCGCCCGUAACCUCGAGGAGCAAAUCUAACACAAAUUUACCACGAAGCCCUCUAACUAGGGUUUAUCUCUACCGAUCUCCUCUCUCGCGUCUCUCUCCCCCCUCUUUUCUAGGGCUUCGAUCUCCUCUCUCGCUCUCACGACCCCUCUUGGUCGAUCCCGAUCGGGGCGAUGUCGAUGGAGAAGGAGCUCGUGGAGACCUUCGAGGCGGCGAAGAAGGCGGCGGACGCGGCGGCGGACGCGGGCGCCGGAGGCGGCGGAGGGUCGCCGGAGGCGGAGCGGUGCGUCGACGCGCUGAAGCGGCUGAGGAAGAUGCGGGUCACCACGGAGGUUCUCGUGGCGACGCAGGUUGGGAAACGCCUUCGUUAUCUCACAAAGCAUCCACACUCAGGAAUCCAAUCAAUCGCUUCUGACUUACUGGCUAUUUGGAAAAACAUCGUUAUAGAAGAGACUUCUAGCAGCAAGAAAAAUGGCAUCUCCGAGAAUAAAAAGCCUGUUAAGGUCGAAAUCAAGUCUGAGACAGCCAUGAAGGUUGACAAGUCAGCAACUUCCUCCAUAAAAGUCGAGAGCACCCCAGCUUCAGCAACUCCUAAGGCUGAGAAAAGAGAUUCAGAUCUUAGCAGUUCAAAGUCGGAGAGCACAAAGAAUGAAAGGGUCUUCAAGGAAGAGAAUAAGGCUUCUGUUUCAAAGAAGCCAUCAUCCCUCCCAUCUGGACCUCCGAAGUUAUCAUCACUAAUCAAAAGUAACGAUCCAGCGCGAGAUAAAAUCCGUGAGCUCCUUGCCGAAGCCUUUACUAAGGUUUCCGGAGAAACGGCCAAAGAUGACAGAGAUGAAGUUAGAUACAUUCUAGAUGAGGUUGAUGCCUGCGACCCGUUCCGCAUUGCUGUGACAGUAGAAUCGGCGCUGUUUGAGAAGCUGGGCAAAUCAACUGGCACGCACAAGCAGAAGUACCGAUCGAUAAUGUUCAAUCUGAGGGCCGAGAAUAAUACUGAUUUCAGAAGGAGGGUUCUUCUUGGGAAAGUAAAGCCCGAAAGACUUGUCGAUUUAACUCCUGAAGAAAUGGCCAGCGAUGCGAGGAAGAUGGCGAAUAAGCAGAUUAAAGAGAAGGCACUGUUCGAGUGUGAAAGGGCUGGGGCCCCGAAGGCGACGACCGACCAGUUUAAGUGCGGGCGGUGCGGGCAGCGGAAGACGACUUACUAUCAGCUGCAGACGCGGAGCGCAGACGAGCCGAUGACAACCUUCGUGACGUGCGUGAACUGCAACAAUCACUGGAAGUUCUGUUGAGCGGGCCGCAAUCUGAUUCACUAGUCUGAUCGAGAUCUCGUUAUUUUCGUAUUCAAAAUUAACUAUAGCUAGUUUAAAUUUCUAAUUUAUAAUGGACCAAAUUCGUUCUCUUGCUGAGUUUGUUAGCAAUGGCACCAUUCUACUGCAAAAUGGUUGUUGUAUGAUCUUUGUCUUGUCACUAGAUGGUAUCUGUGAAAUUCUCUCCAAUUCCUUUCAUCCUUAGAAUUUGUAGUGGUAUCCCCCCGGAUCAAGUAAUCUGAGAGAUAAUUCCUAAUUGGGCA